AUUUCAGUUGUAUGCCCCUUGACGAAUUUCGCAUCAUUCGUGAUUCUGCAGUUUUACACAUUCAUAUUUUAAGAAAUUAUAAAUCAAAUAAAGAGUUUUUCAAGAACAAUAUCACUAAAAUAAUUAAAAUCAUGACUGCGUCUUCAAAGAUGGAUGUUGAUUGUUCGAAAGGCGAAGGUUUUCGUUCAUACUAUAUCCAGAAGAUUGAAGAACUUCAACUUAUUGUUAAUGAGAAAGGUCAAAACUUACGACGUCUGCAAGCUCAACGUAACGAGCUUAAUGCUAAAGUUCGAAUGCUUCGUGAAGAAUUGCAGUUGUUACAAGAACAAGGAAGCUAUGUAGGUGAAGUAGUCAAACCAAUGGACAAAAAGAAAGUUCUUGUAAAAGUACAUCCAGAGGGAAAAUUUGUUGUUGAUGUUGACAAAAACAUUGAUAUCAAUGAUGUCACUCCAAAUUGUCGUGUUGCACUUCGUAACGAAAGUUACACUUUACACAAAAUUUUACCCAACAAGGUCGAUCCUUUGGUUUCCUUAAUGAUGGUGGAAAAAGUUCCUGACUCAACCUACGAAAUGGUCGGUGGACUUGAUAAACAAAUUAAGGAGAUUAAAGAAGUUAUUGAGUUGCCAGUUAAACAUCCAGAAUUAUUUGAUGCGUUAGGUAUUGCACAACCAAAAGGAGUUUUGCUUUAUGGACCACCAGGUACAGGAAAAACUCUUCUUGCAAGAGCUGUGGCUCAUCAUACAGAGUGCACCUUUAUAAGAGUGUCGGGAUCUGAAUUGGUUCAGAAAUUUAUUGUUAUUAUGGCAACAAAUCGCAUUGAUAUUUUAGAUCCUGCAUUGCUUCGUCCUGGAAGAAUUGAUCGUAAAAUUGAAUUCCCUCCACCGAAUGAAGAUGCUCGUUUAGAUAUUCUCAAGAUUCAUUCCCGCAAGAUGAAUCUCACUCGUGGCAUAAAUUUAAAGAAAAUCGCUGAAUUAAUGCCAGGUGCAAGCGGAGCUGAAGUUAAAGGUGUUUGUACUGAAGCUGGAAUGUAUGCUCUUCGUGAACGUCGAGUUCAUGUCAAUCAAGAAGACUUUGAAAUGGCAGUAUCCAAGAUCAUGCAGAAGGACUCGGAAAAAAAUAUGAUAAUUUAUAUUUCUCGUUCAUUUAAGCCUGGAAUUAUUAAGCCUUUAACAAUAAAUGCUUCCCGACUUAAUUAUUCCAUUUUAAGUGGAAAACAUCAAUGGAAUCAUCAUAGAAACUUGAAACUUAAAAAAUUCCUAGAAACACCACAAAAACACUUUCCCAUUGGACGUCGAAAUUAUGGAAUGCUUGUUGCUCGAGUAUUACGAGGUGCUUUGAAACUUCGAUAUAUUCUUUUAGGCGGUGCUGUUGGUGGAACAAUGACAAUGAACAAGAAAUAUGAGGAAUGGAAGGAUGGACUUCCUGAUAUGGCCUGGUUGAAUGAAGUUUUUCCUGAUAAUGAACAAUGGCAGAAGUUUUCAAAUGGAGUUAUUUCUAUGACAGCGAAAAUCAAAGAUUCUAUUGAAAUUGAUCCACAAUUAAAGAAAUUAGGCGAGGAUAAAAUGGAUGAAUGGCGACGUUGGUUCGACAAUAGACUUGAUAAUGCCAUUGAAGCUGCAGACGAGGAGCAAAAUGAAAAAGGAGAAAACCUUAAAACUGAUGUUAUAAUUUCAAAGCCCGUAGUACUUGCAAAAGAGCGACAAGAAGAUUACAAAAGGAAAAAUGAUAUGCUUCAAAAACAAAUUGAUCAGCUUCAAACAGAAAUUAUGGCAGGUCAAAUCAAAUACCAAAAAGAACUUGAAAAACUGGAACGAGAGAAUCGUGAUUUACGUCAACAAUUUUUGUUGAUGAAGGCAAAUCGAAAAACUACAACAAAGAAGAUAAAGAAGUCAUUGAUUGAUAUGUAUUCAGAAGUUCUUGAUGAACUUUCUGGUUAUGAUACAAGUUAUUCAACAGCAGAUCAUCUCCCUCGUGUAGUUGUUGUAGGUGACCAAAGUAGCGCUCAUGAAGAUUAUCGAAGAAGUUCUUUUUACAAUGACAUCGCGUUGAUAAAGAUGGCACAACGAGUUGAUUUUACAAAAUAUAUUCGACCAGCUUGUCUUUGGCAAACGAUAAACAUCAACACAACAAAAACGAUAGCAACUGGAUGGGGCUACACAGAAACUGCUGGUAGAUCUUCAAAUGAACUUAUGAAAGUUGAACUCAACAUUAUUAACAACAUUCAAUGUAAUCGAUACUUUACUGAAAGUAAAUUAGGUCGUGGGAUUUGUACCGCAGAUCAUCUCCGUCGUGUAGUUAUUGUAGGUGACCAAAGUAGCGGUAAGACGUCAGUCUUAGAAUCUAUAGCUCAAGCUCGUAUUUUUCCUCGAGGAAGUGGUGAAAUGAUGACGAGAGCUCCUGUUAAAGUGACACUUUCCGAAGGUCCCUAUCAUGUCGCACAAUUUCGAGACUCUGAUCGUGAAUUUGAUUUAACAAAAGAAAGUGAAUUAUCUGAAUUACGGCGUGAAGUUGAAAUAAGAAUGCGAAAUUCUGUUAGAGGUGGCAAAACAGUCAGCAAUGAUGUCAUAUCAAUGACAGUAAAAGGUCCGGGAAUACAACGAAUGGUUCUAGUCGACUUAUCAGGCAUCAUUUCUACUCAAACAGUAGAUAUGGCAGCUAAUACUAAAGAUUCGAUCAAAAUGAUGACCAAACAUUACAUGAGUAACCCAAAUGCAAUUAUUUUAUGUAUUCAAGAUGGAUCAGUUGAUGCUGAACGCAGCAAUGUCACAGAUUUAGUAUCACAAUGCGAUCCUUUGGGCAAAAGAACAAUUUUUGUACUGACAAAAGUGGAUAUGGCUGAGAACUUAGCGGAACCUGAUAGAAUAAGGAGAAUUUUAAGUGGAAAAUUGUUUCCCAUGAAAGCUUUGGGAUAUUUUGCGGUUGUUACUGGACGUGGAAGAAAAGACGAUUCGAUUGAAACAAUUCGCGAUUAUGAAGAAAAUUUCUUUAAGAAUUCAAGAUUGUUUCAAAGUGGAAUAACAAUGUCGCAUCAAGUGACUUCACGUAAUUUAAGUUUAGCUGUUGCUGAUCGGUUUUGGAAAAUGGUGCGCGAAACAGUAGAACAGCAAGCCGAUGCUUUUAAAGCUACAAGAUUUAAUCUUGAAACAGAAUGGAAAAAUAAUUUCCCAAGAAUCCGUGAAGCUGGUCGUGAUGAAUUGUUUGACAAAGCGAAAGGAGAAAUUCUUGAUGAAGUUGUUAAUUUAUCACAAGUAAGCUCGAAGAAGUGGGAAGAAUUAUUGAAUGUAACGCUUUGGGACAAAAUCUCAAGUUAUGUGUUUGAAAACAUUUACUUACCAGCAGCGCAAUCGGGAUCUGAGAAUUCCUUCAAUACGAUGAUUGAUAAAAAACUUCGACAAUGGGCUGAAGAAGUUUUGCCAUCCAAAAGUGUCGAAGCUGGUUGGGAAACUUUACAAGAUGAGUUUGCUGAUUUAGUAGCGAAAUCUCAAAAAAAUCCACAACAUGACGAUGUUUUCGACAACCUCAAAUCAGCAGUCAUUGACGAAGCCAUGAAAAGACAUUCCUGGGAAGACAAAGCAAUCGAUAUGUUACGUGUCAUCCAAUUGAAUACAUUGGAAGAUAGAAAUGUCCACGACAAACAGGAAUGGGAUCAAGCUGUAAAGUUUUUUGAAAAUUCCGUCAAAGAAAAGAUGAAAAUGACAGAGAAAACAAUUCAUGAGAUGUUCGGACCAUCGUUAAGUGAAAGAUGGUUGCAUUGGCAAUCGUCUACUGAUGAUCAAAAUAAAAGAAACAGUGUGAAAGGAGAGUUGGAUAAAAUCGUAAACAGUGAUCAAAAACAUCCACCAACUUUGAGUUAUGAUGAACUCACGACAAUUAGUGAACCAAAACAUCAAGAGCCAGCAGAAGAACGUGUUGUCCGUGAACGAGAGAUUACAACUGAUGAAAGCAGUUUGUUUUGGAUUCUUCGUUAUUCGAAAAAUACUAUAACUAAAAUUGUAGACGAGUGGAUUGAUAAUUACAAGAUUGAUCGUGAAACAGCGUUAAUUGCUUUAAUGCAAUUUUUUCAUCAAUGCAAGCGGAUACAUACAGCAACACUUGCCGCAAUGAAAUUGAUGACAGCUUUAGUCGACGUCGCACUUCUCGUAGCAAUAAAUUUUGAUAAUGCUCAUCGUCAAUACGACGGUGAAAGAUUGAAACCAGCACAUGAUGUGUCGGAAGAUCGAAUUGAAAGUUUACUUGCUAAACGACAAGAGUUAGAGAGAACAUGGACGAGAUUAAAAAACAUGCUCACAUAUCUUUUCAAAUCGGUUCUCGUUCAUCGAUAUCGUGAUACAUUGCCAGAAAUUCGUGCAAUUUGUAUGACUGAAAUUGGAAUUUGGAUGCAGAAAUUCUCAUCAAAUUUCUUAGAUGAUUCUUAUUUGAAAUAUAUUGGAUGGACAUUUCAUGAUGAAGUUGGCGAUGUUCGAUUACGAUGUUUACAAGCAUUACUGCCAUUGUAUGAAAAUGAGGAAUUGAAAAGUAAACUCGAACUUGUCACAUCGAAAUUUAAAGAUCGAAUUGUUGCUAUGACAUUGGAUAAAGAAUAUGAAGUUGCGGUUCCCGCUGUAAAGCUGGUCAUUAAAAUUCUGAAGAUACAUCAAGACAUUCUCACAGAUAAAGAUUGCGAAAUUGUCUACGAACUUGUUUAUUCAUCGCAUCGUGGUGUUGCACAAGCUGCUGUUGAAUUUUUAAACUUCUUCAUUGAAUCGGAACUUCAUGAACACGGCGCUUAUUUAGUUGAUGCUUUCAUUGAGAACAAUCCGAUGAUCAAAGAUUGGGAAUGUAUGACUGAUCUCUUACUUGAAGAAACGGGACCAAACGAAGAAGUCAUGGAUAACAAACAAGAGUCAUCAUUAAUGGAGAUCAUGGUGAGUGCAGUGAAGCAAGUCGCAUUAGGUGAACCACCAGUUGGUCGUGGAAAACAUUUUAUUCAAACUCUGCCAUAUUUAUUGGAUAAAUAUAGCGCUGAAAAUGAAAAGCUUAUCAAUUUGUUGAGCAUUCCACAGUAUUUCGACUUGGAGAUGUACACGACAUCGCGACAANAAAGUGGAAUAACAAUAUCGCAUCAAGUGACUUCACGUAAUUUAAGUUUAGCUGUUGCUGAUCGGUUUUGGAAAAUGGUGCGCGAAACAGUAGAACAACAAGCCGAUGCUUUUAAAGCUACAAGAUUUAAUCUUGAAACAGAAUGGAAGAAUAAUUUCUCAAGAAUCCGUGAAGCUGGUCGUGAUGAAUUGUUUGACAAAGCGAAAGGAGAAAUUCUUGAUGAAGUUGUUAAUUUAUCACAAGUAAGCUCGAAGAAGUGGGAAGAAUUAUUGAAUGUAACGCUUUGGGACAAAAUCUCAAGUUAUGUGUUUGAAAACAUUUACUUACCAGCAGCGCAAUCGGGAUCUGAGAAUUCCUUCAAUACGAUGAUUGAUAUAAAACUUCGACAAUGGGCUGAAGAAGUUUUGCCAUCCAAAAGUGUCGAAGCUGGUUGGGAAACUUUACAAGAUGAGUUUGCUGAUUUAGUAGCGAAAUCUCCAAAGAAUCCACAACAUGACGAUGUUUUCGACAACCUCAAAUCAGCAGUCAUUGACGAAGCCAUGAAAAGACAUUCCUGGGAAGACAAAGCAAUCGAUAUGUUACGUGUCAUCCAAUUGAAUACAUUGGAAGAUAGAAAUGUCCACGACAAACAGGAAUGGGAUCAAGCUGUAAAGUUUUUUGAAAAUUCCGUCAAAGAAAAGAUGAAAAUGACAGAGAAAACAAUUCAUGAGAUGUUCGGACCAUCGUUAAGUGAAAGAUGGUUGCAUUGGCAAUCGUCUACUGAUGAUCAAAAUAAAAGAAACAGUGUGAAAGGAGAGUUGGAUAAAAUCGUAAACAGUGAUCAAAAACAUCCACCAACUUUGAGUUAUGAUGAACUCACGACAGUUAGAAAGAAUCUACAAAGAAACAAUGUUGAAGUCGAAACUGAUUACAUAAGAGAGACUUGGUAUCCAAUUUAUCGACGUCAUUUCUUGAAACAUGCUUUAUCAAGAGCUUAUGACUUACGAAAAGCUUAUUAUCUUUAUACUCAACAAAAUGGGAAUUUUGAAAUAAAUUGCAGUGAUGUUGUACUAUUCUGGCGUAUUCAACAAGUAAUGAAAGUAACAUCAAAUGCACUCCGUCAACAGAUUGUCAACCGCGAAGCAAGACGUGUUGAUAAAGAAAUAAAACAAGUUUUAGAUGAGUUUGGUGAAGACGAAGAAAAGAAAAUUCAACUUCUAACUGGAAAACGCGUUCUUCUUGCUGAAGAAUUGAUUCGAGUGCGACACAUUCAAGAGAAGUUGGAAGAAUUCAUUAACGCUUUGAACACAGAAAAAUAGAAAAUCAAUGCUUCCAGCAAGAAAGCCUUGACCAUCGAGAUUUUAUCAAACUCUACACUAAUGUGUUGACAUGGAAAUGAUGAUUGCAGACCUCGAAAACCAUUUAGCAGUAAUAUUAUUAGUAACUGAAAACUUAGCUAAAAAUAAAAGCUUUUAAAUCUAAAUAAUUUGCAUUAAAUCCAAUAAUUCAUUUAAAUAUCUAUCGCAUGAAUUAAAAGCUUAGUUUGUCUAGAGAAUGUCAAAGAAGAUUUUAUGAAAUGAAAUAUUGAUUCAUGUCUACAUUUGAAAACUUAAAAAAAUUGUAAAAUAAUAAAAUAUUAAGUUCUUAUUUUCUUUCUUCUUCUAAUAACUUAAUUAACAAUGUGAAACUUUAUUAGAUAUUUAAAUUUAAACGUCGUAUUAAAUGUUGAAAAUUGAGAUAAAAAAUUCUUUCAAAUUAUUUGCAUUUAUGUUAAAGGUCGAAAGAUGUUAAUUAAAUUAAAUAUGCUGCCAAUUUAGUGUUUUCAUAUUUGUUUUCUGAAGAAAUAUUCAGUGAUGUCCGGUUUAUAAGAAACGCCCUCGAAGCC